AUGGAGGCUAUCAACCGUAUCUUUGCUGAUCGCCAUUUUUCUUUCUUCUUAGCCCUUCUGCUUCUAGCCUCAACAAUGUCAUUAGCCAUUGCAAAAACCCACCACCACGAGUUUGUUGUUCAAGCAACGAAAGUGAAGAGGCUGUGCAAAACUCACAAUAGCAUCACAGUAAAUGGAAUGCUCCCAGGGCCAACGUUGGAAGUGAACGAUGGAGACACUCUGGUUGUAAAAGUUGUCAACAGAGCCCGCUAUAAUGUUACCAUUCACUGGCAUGGCGUUAGGCAAAUGAGAACGGGCUGGGCAGAUGGGCCAGAAUUUGUGACCCAGUGCCCAAUUAGACCAGGAGGGAGUUACACCUACAGGUUUACAAUUCAAGGGCAAGUGGGCACCCUGUGGUGGCAUGCUCAUAGCUCAUGGGUUAGAGCCACUGUUUAUGGUGCUCUCAUUAUCCGUCCAAGAGAAGGAUCCUCAUACCCAUUCUCUAAGCAGCCAAAGCGCGAAACACCCAUAAUUCUUGGCGAAUGGUGGGAUGGGAACCCCAUUGAUGUGGUGAGGGAGGCAACUAGAACUGGAGCAGCUCCAAAUAUAUCUGAUGCAUAUACCAUUAAUGGUCAACCUGGUGAUCUUUAUAACUGCUCCAGCAAAGAUACUACUAUAGUUCCGAUCGACUCAGGUGAGACAAACCUCCUCCGAGUCAUCAAUGCUGCACUCAAUCAACCACUUUUCUUCACCGUAGCCAACCACAAGUUCACAGUUGUUGGCGCUGAUGCCUCCUAUCUAAAGCCCUUUACCACCUCAGUCAUAGUGCUAGGACCUGGCCAAACCACAGAUGUUUUGAUCUCUGGCGACCAACUACCUGGCCGAUAUUACAUGGCAGCCCGAGCUUAUCAAAGUGCACAAAAUGCACCAUUUGACAAUACUACAACCACCGCCAUUCUUGAAUACAAAUCUGCUCUUUGCCCUGUUAAGUGUACAAGUAAACCAUUUAUGCCACCACUUCCAGCUUAUAAUGACACAGCUACAGUCACAGCGUUCAGCGGAAGCCUUAAAAGUCCUCGAAAAGUUGAGGUCCCCACUGAUAUUGACGAGAACCUCUUCUUCACAGUUGGCCUAGGACUCAACAAUUGCCCUAAAAAUUUUAGAGCUAGGCGGUGUCAAGGACCCAACGGCACUCGCUUCACGGCUAGUAUGAACAAUGUGUCUUUUGUGUUUCCUUCAAGUAUUUCGUUACUGCAAGCGUAUCAGCAAAAUGUUCCUGGAGUUUUCACCACUGACUUUCCAGCAAAACCACCAGUAAAAUUUGAUUACACUGGUAAUGUGAGCCGUUCCCUCUUUCAGCCUGUUCCUGCAACUAAGUUAUACAAGUUGAAGUACGGAUCAAGGGUGCAGAUUGUGUUACAAGACACAAGCAUUGUCACCCCAGAAAACCACCCAAUCCAUCUUCAUGGAUACGACUUCUACAUCAUUGCUGAAGGAUUUGGAAAUUUCAAUCCCAAAACUGAUAAAUCUAAAUUUAAUCUCGUUGAUCCACCACUGAGGAAUACAGUUGGAGUACCUGUGAAUGGAUGGGCAGUUAUCAGAUUUGUUGCCGAUAAUCCAGGUGUGUGGAUCAUGCAUUGUCACUUGGAUGUUCACAUCACAUGGGGUUUGGCCAUGGCUUUCUUGGUAGAGGAUGGGAUUGGGGAAUUAGAGAGUUUAGAGUCUCCUCCAGUCGAUCUGCCACCUCCACCUCACGACAAACAAAACAAGCAUCACCAGAGUUUUUGUCCUCGAUUUGGUUCACCAAUAUGUCAUCUAGUUGCCUUUGGUUUCAUCGAUGUCCUCAAUGUCCCAUUUGAAAUUAAUUAUAAAAUGGCGAUGCGCACAUCAAGAUUUCCUGACAUCCUAAUUGCAAGUGUCAAGGCCUCAGGAUCAUCAAGACCAAGGAAAAAGAAUAUCGCUGCAUUGGAAGAGAAGUGA